AUGUCACUGCAAUUCUUACGCGAGUUCAACAAGAACGUGAAGGAAUCCCUCUCCAUCCUGAACGAGGGGUUCGAAAUUACCAAUGGCGUAGCGGAGCUCAGCAACGUACACCUGCCGUACAUUCAGCUGUUUAAACGACCAGAAGGUCUAGAUGGCACUCCAAUUUGCUGUAUAUUUGGACCCGUAGGUUAUGUGCGAACAUCAGUAGACCAGCAUGUGUCGGAAGCUUCGUCAGUGUCACGGGUUGCGCAACCCACAUCGGCGGCUGCUACAGCGUCAGAUGUAAAGGAGGCGCCUAGUGCGUCAUCCACAGAAACAGCUUCAAACGCAGGUGGCGAUGACGCUGGUGAACCGUCUUCACUUCAGGUUGAGGUGGAGCAAUCAAGAUGUGCACUAGGCGACGGGUGCAUUUUGAAACGGGUUGACGCUGCGAGAUUCCAGAAUUCCAUUACGUCUGUUAUAGAGAUCCUCAAGAGUGUCGAAAAUGUUCUAUCAAGUACGUCUGUGGCCACUAGGCGUCUGUUGGAAAAUCAGGUGAUUCCGGCAUUAUGCAACCUGCUGGAGGUCUCAGAAGUUGCAAGGCUAUUCCACCGCCCGAACCCCCUGCUUUCGAAGAAGUUUGGAAAUACGGAAACCGUGCAUGUGGAACUUCUCGGCAUUGUGUCUAUAGUACUCAGGUUGAUGGAUCAGAUCCUGGUGUACCCUGAGAGCCUUACAAAGUUGAAAGGCCGCAAUGUAUUCGAGGCUGACAUAUCGCCGAGUUUGCAGUGCAAUUCUACGGAUGUGAUGGCACGGGUGGUUGCGAAACUUGCAGGGGAUAUAGGGGCUGUCGAUACCGGGUCUAAGAACUUUGAUCAUUAUGACUGCCCAUGUGAAUACGAAUAUUUCGGAAAAGUCGCAAUCGUAUCCAUCACAGAUGCCGAACGUGACGCUUUGAAACACCUGCUGGCGCUUCUGAACACAGUAACCAUCGCAUCGCAGUUCGGAAGGAACAUCCUUACAGCAGCAGAAAUGUGCAUUGACGGACAUGGAAUGUUAGAACGAGAUGUUGUGACAUACUCACUGAGCAUUGUGGAAAAGCUGUACACGCACAACGAUUUUGCCUGGCACCUCCAUCAGGCAGAUGACAAGUACUUGUACACCUUGGAUAUACUCGAUGCAUGCUACGUAAAUUGGCAACUAGCAUACAAGGGAGUAUGCUUCUCCUGUGAACAUCCACUAGGUAUAGUUGAGAUACCAGAAUCUAUACCUAGUUCUCCGCACGGUACCAUUUGCAACUGCGUAAUAUCCCGCAGCGAUCACGCGGCACCCAACCGACAUCUUAUUGAGAAGGAGCUUGUUGAUUCUGAGGUCAAUCCUAGUAGACUCAUGCGAUUAGCGAAGGAAUCUGGGGAUAUGACACUACGAACAAGAGUGACGGGUAUUCUGCUGCAGUGGAUGUUGAAUUCUGCUUCAUUCCAGGAUCACUUCGUAGCAGAGGGGUGCAUAAGCUUGCUGCUGGAAGUGCUUAAUGGGUGCUACGUCGAUCAGUUUGGACUUCUCAACGACUCGCUUGCCGAAAUACCCGCCGAGCUGUCAAAAAAGCAAGCGGCAGCAUUGGAGAGUGAACUCGCCAUCGGGAUGUCGUUCGUGCCGUGCAGCAUCGAAUGUAUCCUCAUGCUACGUCAUUGUUUAAAGUUAGGACGUCUUGGGGAUACGCAUAUACGUCCCAUAAUUAAAUUUGUAACGCAGUUAGCAUCGACCUUACUAAAGACCUGGAUAUUCUACUACUGCACAAAGCGCGGCUGCGCCCGUGAUGGAGAAAGCAGCAUAUUGAGACAAAUUUUGUGCAUUGUGAUGGACGUGUGCUGCGCAUUAGUAAGACCUCGUAUGGUUGAUAUGGGUACAACAUUAUCGCAAACUCCGCAGAACGCGGGUAACCCCAACCACGCGUUGUCGGCUGUGAGGCACUUAAGGGACUGCGCAAGAUCAACGCAUGUACAACAUUUCGCUGAGCUUAUCGAUACCGGUAUAGCUGAGGAGGUUAUGUACGCACUGUAUGUACUUUGCAAUCGCACAAGGUUUGGUUAUGAAGCCCCGGAACACGUUGUGGACCAGCUGAUGAGAUUCAUAUCCACUCUGGAAAUCGCAUCACGGAGCAACACAGAAGUUGCCGAUCUGCUCAUGAGUAGGAUGCAGAUGCCAGCUGGUGACCGAAUGCCCGCCGUUUACGCCCAUGUUAUAGACGACAUACAAACGCGGGAUGUCGAAAACCUCAAACUCACGCCGAUAGUCUCACAAAUACAAGCACGGUUGAGCAGGUUCCGCAUGGAGAUAUUCGGCGAGAUUGCUGAGACGCCUGUUCUGGUGCUGUUAUUGCUGUGCCUAUUCGACAGCGACGUUGCGGCGUCUUUCAAGGCGCCGUUGUGGGGGUGCGCACUAAGGUUAGUGAUCGCCUCAACGAUAUUUGAAAAAAACGAAAUGGCUGCGGAUAUAUUCGACUACGUUAGGGAUCUAUACCGAGACAGUUUUACCAUCCUGGAUAACUCAACAGACACCACGGAUAAACAGUCAUAUCUACGCCACCUAGCCAGCAUGCUAGACAUGUCUCUCAUUUUGGUCGACUGCGGAGUUGAUGACGCAUCGAGAGGUAAGCUACUAGGUGAUGAUCCGUGGAAUGUCGGCAUGGCCGUUUUGGCCGUCUCCAUCAAGCUGUUAAAGCUGCAAAAAACAGAUUAUAAUAUCACAUUGACAGUGAAAGCACUGUCUUACCUCGCGUCAUACCUUUCUAUGCGUCGCCAUUGCGCUGAGCCUGAGGAUGUCGACAGCUCGCCAAUAAUAGAGUGUAUGACGUUAUACAAGGAAGAUACGCAAUGCGCAACUAUAACACAACUUGCUGCACUAGUUCUCUCUCUCUUGAAAGCCAGAGGAGUAACGCUACUCGAUGACAAGGCUACGCUUCAAACUAUUGUCACGAUGUCUGAAAGUCUAAUCGAACUCCAUCGCAAUAAACAACAGAUUCAAGCUCUCAGGCUAAUGACAGGCCUGCAACCAUGUCGCCGUAUAGACUGCAUUCUACAGCCCUACGAGGAUAUGCUGGAGGUGUUUUUAUCAGAGACGAACAGCAUAUGCGAGAGCGACGCACUAGGUGUAGUUGUUUGGAAUCGCACAGGACUCUGCGAACUCGAACUCUCUCCCAGAGUGCAUUAUUUGAUCGAACGGUUCAGGUGGACUUUGCACAUUCAUGUCAUUGGAAGAAUGGUGGACACCCUGAGGGAUUACACUCUAAUUCACGUGGACGAUGCGAAACGGAUCAGCUCCAAAACCGCUGAAGAAGUACAGCGCAUGAGUUAUAUCCACGCGGAAGAAAUCGCGUUUGCGCAGGAACGAAUCUCGAAGCUUAAUAAGCAGGUAGAGGUCAUGGCGAAAUCCUUUUACAAGGCAGAAGAGGUGGCAGCGGGCUAUAAAAAGGAAUUGGAGGAAAUGAGAAAGGAAAAUAAACGGUUGCGCAAGCGGCUGAAAAACUCUGGUCAUCCUAAGGCUGCGGAUUAG